AUGUCGCUUGCUUGCUGCAUCCCUGUGCUUGAGUGUGUGUACUGCCUUGCUUGUGCUCGCUGGCGUGGCAACGCUGCCUCUACAGCGCUGGCCAUGACAGCGAGGACCUGGGGACUGGCAUCUGCUGAUGAAUUUGAGCCUGUGCCUCGGCUCUGCCGCCUCAUCCUUGCUGUGUAUGAGGAUGAUCUUUCACCUCAAUGGGCCCCUCCAGGUGGCUAUGGCAUCAAUCCCCGGUGGGUUGUUCACCGCAAAACCUAUGAGGAAACCCAUGGCCGCGCGCCAACUUACUUGAUAUACCUCGAUCACGACCAUGCUGAAGUUACCCUUGCUAUAAGAGGCCUACACAUGGCUAAGGAGAGCGAUUAUGCGAUGCUGUUGGAUAAUAGGCUCGGGAAGAGGAAUUUGAUGGUGGGCUAUGUUCAUAAUGGGCUAUUGGAGGCGUCAGAGUGGCUGUUUGAUGCCGAAUGCGAUUUUCUGAGGGAUUUGUUGGAAAAGAAUCCAAAUAAUGCUCUUACGUUGACAGGGCAUUCUUUGGGUUCUGGUGGUGGCUGCAAUGCUCGCAUGGUUGCAGUUCAGAAACAGGAAAGGCUGGGAAAUGUGGGAGAGGAGAGGAUCAGGUGUUUCGCAAUUGCACCUGCGAGGUGCAUGUCGCUUAACUUGGCUGUUAGAUAUGCAGAUGUUAUCAACUCUAUUAUGUUUGCAGGAUGAUUUUUGCCUCGGACAGCUACUCCUUUGGAGGAUAUUUUCAAAUCACUCUUCUGUUUGCCAUGCCAGCUAUGUCUAAGAUGCAUGAAAGACACCUGCAUACCUGAGUAUGUCAAGUUAAGAGAUCCCAGGCGGCUCUACGCACCAGGUCGGCUCUAUCACAUUGUUGAGAGGAAGCCUUCCAGGUGUGGAAGAUUUCCGCCAGUCGUUAGAACUGCGGUGCCAGUGGAUGGGAGGUUCGAGCACAUUGUUCUUUCCUGCAAUGCCACUACUGACCAUGCCAUCAUUUGGAUAGAGAGAGAAUCCCAAAGGGCUUGGAUGUAACUGCAGUUGAUGCUGGAGAGGGAGCGGAGCAUGGAGAUUCCCACACAGCAGAGGAUGGAGCGGCAAAGGACGCUUGCAAAGGAGCACAACAAGGAGCAUGAGGCUGCACUCAGACGAGCCGUUACGUUAGAGGUUCCAGAUGCUUACACACCAUCACCAUAUGGUACCUUUGACAAGAAGAACUCUACCAGCAUGGCUGAGGAGUCUCCAGUCUCAACUAGCAGCGACCGACGCAGGCUAAGCUGGGAUCGGUUGAUCGAAAGGGUCUUCGAGAGGGAUGAGUCUGGACAAAUGGUGCCUCGCAGAUGAGUUACACCAUUGUCUUAUUGUAAGAUUAUUCUGUUGAAUGUCUUUAUUCUUGGUUAUGGUUUUGCUUGCUGCUUGAGCAAAUAGAAAAAGAAGUGUACAUCAGGGCUAUUCAACAGAUAAGCUAUUCAUGAGCAGCUGGGGUCCAUACUCCAAAUAGAAAUAAAAAAAUAAUUUAUACGACA